CGCCCCGGCGUCCAUCUUGGAGGCCCGGAGGCGGCGCCGCGCAGUACGGAGCGGAAGUGCUCGGCUACCCCUUCCCGGACCCAACGAAGUGCCGGCGCGGCCCCUGCCCGCGUCCUCCUUCCCGCGGCCCCCGGAGACCGCGCUCGGGCGCUGCAGAGCCGCGAGUUACAGAAUGUCGGAAGGUGACAGCGUGGGAGAGUCCGUCCACGGGAAGCCUUCUGUGGUGUACAGGUUCUUCACGCGGCUCGGGCAGAUCUAUCAGUCCUGGCUGGACAAGUCGACACCCUACACAGCCCUGCGGUGGGCGGCGACGCUGGGCCUGAGCUUCGUCUAUGUGGUCCGGGUUUACCUGCUGCAGGGCUGGUACAUCGUGACGUACGCCCUGGGCAUCUACCACCUGAACCUCUUCAUAGCUUUCCUCUCUCCCAAAGUGGACCCUUCCCUGAUGGAAGACUCAGACGACGGCCCCUCGCUACCAACGAGGCAGAAUGAGGAGUUCCGGCCGUUCAUCCGAAGGCUUCCCGAGUUUAAGUUUUGGCACGCGGCCACCAAGGGCAUCCUGGUGGCCAUGGUCUGCACCUUCUUCGAGGCGUUCAACGUGCCGGUGUUCUGGCCCAUCCUGGUCAUGUACUUCAUCAUGCUCUUCUGCAUCACGAUGAAGAGGCAGAUCAAGCACAUGAUAAAGUACCGGUACAUUCCGUUCACGCACGGCAAGAGGACAUACAAGGGGAAGGAGGACGUGGGCAAGACGUUCUCCAGUUAGACGGGCCGCCGGGCCGCCCCUGGAGCCCCAGGCGGGGCUGAGCCAUUGUUAACAGCGCCUUCUUUCUUCACAUAAAGUAGUUGAUGGCAAGGGAGUCGGAUUUUCUUUCUAAAAAGGAGCUUCAAUUAUUGUAACCGAAAUACCAGGUUCUCGAAGAAACUGGCAUUUAAAUGGAAUUGCAUUGAUUUAUUUUUCAGUGAUGCAGGCGUUUGGACAGAAUCAGUGGGGCACAGGCUGGGCGACCGUUGGGUGGGGCCGGGGGGCGCGGAAGGACCUUCCCGAGGAGCCUGUGGCCCUGUCGCCCAGCAGGAGGGCGAGGCUGCCGGAGUCCGCGCCGGAAGGAACUCGCCGUGGAAGCUUCUCCCAGGGACGCCGGGCCCUCGCCGCGCUCCCCACGUCCCCUCGGCCGAGGUGUGGCCACCGCCUCCGCCCCGGCGGGACCUGUGCUCAGCCCCCGAGGCUGCCCUGGGGGCCCGGGGUCCUAAAUAUAUAUUAUAUUUUAAUUGUUUGAGAUUAUUUUGACAUAUUUCUUUCGUACGUAAAGACUUGACUGGUACCUAAGUGUGUGUGCGCACAGCAGCCCCUCCGGAGGUGGCGGGGUGGAGGGCGCGCCCCGGGUCCGGCCCCGCCGUCUGGGGAGUGGCUGCCCUGCAUGGAGACUCUUUUGAUGUGAUGAAGACAGACACUCGUAAACCUUUUACUAAAGUGACUUUUUAAUUCGAACUUGAUUAAA